AUGUCCUCCGCGUACGGCUCCCGCGGCGGCGCCAAGGCCAAGGGCGCGGCCCAGAAGAACAAGAAGUUCGAGCUGACGGAGGAGCAGAAGCAGGAGAUCCGCGAGGCCUUCGACCUGUUCGACACGGACGGCAGCGGCACCAUCGACGCCAAGGAGCUCAAGGUGGCCAUGCGCGCGCUGGGCUUCGAGCCCAAGAAGGAGGAGAUCAAGAAGAUGAUCUCGGACAUCGACAAGGACGGCAGCGGCACCAUCGACUUCACCGAGUUCCUCGAGAUGAUGACGUCCAAGAUGAGCGAGAAGGACUCGCGCGAGGAGAUCCUCAAGGCCUUCCGCCUCUUCGACGACGACGAGACGGGCAAGAUCUCGUUCCGCAACCUCAAGCGCGUGGCCAAGGAGCUGGGCGAGAACAUGACGGACGAGGAGCUGCAGGAGAUGAUCGACGAGGCCGACCGCGACGGCGACGGCGAGAUCAACGAGGACGAGUUCCUGCGCAUCAUGAAGAAGACCAGUCUCUAUUAG